GAGACCCACCUGUCUCUGCUUCCUCAGUUCUGGAAUUAAAGGUGUGUGUCACUAUGCCCAGCACCUAAAUGUUUUGAUGCUCUGUUCUUCAUACUUCAAGGCAUCUCUUCUUGGGAAAGACUACAGGGGGGUUUCAGGCAGCCCUUGGAAAUCACUUCAUGAGCCCAUUUUGUUUUGUUUGAAGCAAGGUCUUCUGUAGCAUUCAACUUCCUUUAUAGCCCCGAGCUGGCUUCAAACUCAGUCCUCCUGCCUCAGCCUCUCAAGUGCUGAAAUGACAGGCAUAUGCCACCAUGCCUGGAGAGCUUCCAUUUUAAGGUAAGGAGACUGAAUUUCAUAACUUGUUCAACAAGAGGGAUCUGUCUCUAGCUGUGAGCGUGGGCCAAAGACCUGGGAGAGCCCUGGUCUCAGCAGCCACAUGGCUCUGUGUUAGUGAGACCUGGAGCAUCUGUGGCUCACAGCCCCACUCCCAGCAGUCUGGGCCCAGAGUACCCACCAGGAUGACAGACUUCCCAGGAUUCUUCCUUAUGGAAUAGUUUGGCAUUCCCAGCAUUGGGUUAAAUGCUCAGUCCUCACACAGGUACAGAGGGAAAGGCACUCCCAAAAGGCUAAAGUGAUAUAUAUACACAUAGAGCCAGUAUCCCAGCCAGCCAGGUUUGUCUGGUUUGAAACCUGUGGCCCACUACCACAUGGGUCUCUGUGGGUCUUCGGUGGAUUUCUAUGACUGGGCUAAAUGCCUAACAUAGUGUUACCUGCAGGUACUCCCACCCUUAAUAGAAGAAAUGCAGCCCUUAAUCCCAGCAUUGCUCAUGGGAAUGGUUGAGUGGCAGCCCAAUAAUAAACAAAACCCUAAGACCUUUCUUAAAGAGAUUGUGGGCAGAAGAGGCCUUUGACAAACAAGGCCCUCAGUGUAUAGUUAAUUCCGACAUUCUCAUGGUAUGUCAAGGAAGGAACUCUCUGUUCCAUCAGCCCUGAGUCCCAGGAACCCAAGCUUCUCUAGACUAUACUGUGUGACCCAGGGAGAAGUAGAUGAGGACUCUGUGCCCACUUAUUCAAGGAGGCAGAGACAGUGUGGCAGCUGUCCUGAACAAAAACAAACGCUGGGGCCCUACCAUGUUGCUUUUGAGUUUAUUUUUUUAAAAAAUGGAAAAGGUCAAUAUUGAACCUUUUUUUAAUGAAAGAGAAACGGCAUAAGAGAGCCCAAGUGUAGCAUCUAGAAUGAAUGUUGAGUGUCAGAAGCACAAACAUCAUUUACUCCUUCCGAGGAAGACAGUAGAGCCCAGGGCCAGGGAGAUGGCUCAGCAGGGAAAAGCACUUGCCUUGAAAACCUGGUGGCCUUAGUUCAACCCCAGAACCCUCAGUGGAAGGAGCAAGCUGACUCCCAAAUGUCCUCUGACCUCCACGUGCACGCUGUCAACAUUCACAUGCAGAUCAUACAUGUGUAAUAAUAAUUGUAAAAACCCUGAAGGACACUAAUGCCCAGAAUGGGAAGGACUUCCCGGAGGUCACAGCCUAUUACAAUGCCAGGUGCCCUGGUUCGUUGCCCAUCCCAUUGUGCCACAGAUGGGUAGACCAGAGUUGGUAGCCAGAAUCUCACCUGCCCUGGACUGCCCAACCUGUGUUAAGCAGGCAUGUGCCACUACGCCCACCUGCCAACAUCCUCUUAAAACCCAAGAUCAGCAGGAGACUCUGUUAAGUCUUAGAAAUUUGGAUUGCCCACUUUUGGGGGUUAUGGUAAAACAGGAUUUCUCUGUGUAGCCUGGGUGUCCUGGAGCUCGGUGUGUCGACCAGGCUGGCCUCGAACUCAGAGAUCCGCCUGCCUCUGCCUCCCGAGUGCUGGGACACUAAACCCUUUUUUAGACAUGGGGGAACGUGGUUCUUGUGAGUGCUGCCAUGGCUCCCCUGACCUUAGUGAGAGCAAAUGGAGACCUGGGUUUGGCAGCAGUGGCCUAUACAGUCCAUACUUCAUGUUUAACAUCCUAUCUUAAUCAAGAGUCAGUGUGAGUAUAGCAUUGGGCUCCAUUCUGUACUACUGUCAUUUAUGACUUACAUGAUGUCAUUUGCUGCAAGAUAAAACUGGUAGCCCAGAAAUCAGGACACGUGGCCUUUUGUAGUUUUAUGUGCCCCUUGCUCCCCACAGGUGCACCCAUCUGAAGGGCUCGAGAAAGGCUGCCACAAGUCUGGAGAAGCUUGUGAGGUUGGUCUGCAUCUUGGGCAUUCUCAGAGUUAAGAAUUCGUUUAUGGCCUCAGGUUCAUCAGAACACUCACCACUGCACCUCUAUGUAAGCACUGCAAGGAGCUGCAGCAUGGACUGCAGUGUAAUUAGCUGCCUUCUGUGGGCACUUCCUCUUUGUGCUUCCAAAUCAUUUUUCAGUGCUCUCCCAGGAUCCAAAGCAAAUGUCCCCUUCCACCUGGCAUCACAGAGGGAGAUAUGUGGCAGUCAAGUUUAAAGUGGUUUUCCUCCAGAAGUGAUAGAGAAAGAAGCAGUGGUUGUCGGUGGUAGAAAGGGCCGAGGACCAGAACACAGUUUGCCUCCACAACCUGCUGCAGGAGGCAGGGGAACAUUCCUUUAGAAAGUGUAUGCUUCGUAUUCUUCAUCUUCAGCACAUUUGGCAGCACCUCCACUUUGGGAUCAUUCGAACCACAUAGGCAGAAUCAACUUUAGUGAACCUUAUCUACUUUUUAAAUGCGUGUGAAUGUGUGUGCGCGCAUGUCCAAGUGCAUGUGUGGAAGCAGAUGUAUGUGAACAUGUAUGCAUAUGCAUGUAGAAGCCACGAGACAGCUUCAAGGAGACACUGUUCCCAGCUUACUGUACCGUAGUACUAGAGCAAGGGCUGUGGGCUCCAUUACCAGAAAAGAAAGGCAUAGCCCAAGAUAGAAGGAAAGGCAGCUUCCUAGUCAGUUACUUCUCCCAGUGAUGAAACAAGAGUUACUAUCUUACUGUGCAACAUCGAAACUAUCAUUUAUGGCAGGCAAGUGAAUCUCCAAAGUCAUGGAGCUAGUGAACAGGAAGCUAGAAUCCAAGCUUAUUAAAAGCUUAUACAUGCCCUUAAGCUGACCACAGUCAAGGUGGGGAUUGUGUGUUCUGAUCAUGAAAAUGACCCUAAAAUAUGUGUGUGCGUGUGUGUGUGUGUGUGUGUGUGUGUGUGUGUGUGUGUGUGUGUGUUGGAAAUUAAACCCAGAGGCAUCAUGCUUGCUAAGCUAGCCCUCUAUCAAUGAUCUAUAUCCCCAGCUCUGUUUUUACUUUUGUUCUUGAGUCUUCCUCAGUUGUCUAGACCAGUCUUGGGUCCUGUAGCCCAGGUAGUCCUUGAACUUUUGGUCUUCCUCAGCCUCCCAAGUAGAUGGGAUGACAGGUCACAACCACCGUGCCUAUCACUAUUGACAUUUUUCAAACCAGACUUGAGCCCCCUGGGUGUGGUGACACCUCAAUCCCAUAGUUCCUUGAGUUAGAUUGUCACUGCUCUCUUUCUCCCUCCUUCCCUCCCUCCCUCCCCAGUAACUUCUCACUGUAUUGCUCAAACCAGAUUGUAUCUUUUCCAAUUAACACGAGUAAUGUGGUGGUUCCAAAGUCCCAGGUCACCAUGUUGAUGCCAAAUCAGCAAAGCAUGUUAUAGGCUACAAUCCCUGGGCCUGAAUGAUCUUCCUGUCUAGAGUAGCUGGGACUUUAGAUAUGUGAAAUUGCACCCACUUCUCUCUUCAGUAAAGAAAAAAUAAAACCACCAUAACAAGCAGUAGUGUCCUUUCCAGUGGUGACGACCUCCCUACGGGAACAUGCCUCUGGAAAAGGAUCUCCUUCAUCCCUCUCCAGAAGAGGAAAAGCGGAAACACAAGAAAAAGCGCCUGGUACAGAGCCCCAGUUCCUACUUUAUGGAUGUGAAGUGCCCAGGAUGCUAUAAAAUCACCACAGUCUUUAGCCAUGCACAAACGGUAGUCUUGUGUGUUAGCUGCUCCACUGUCCUCUGUCAGCCCACAGGCAGAAAAGCAAGGCUGACAGAAGGAUGCUCCUUUAGGAGGAAGCAGCACUAAAAAGCACCUGAUUCAAGAUGAGUGGGAACCAUCCCAAUAAACACAUUUUGGAU